AUGGUGACAUUUGCACGUACCGGUCCACAUCCAGACAUCCAUAAAACGAUGAACUCCUUGCAGCUUUCGGAAGAAUUCGAGUCCACGUUGAAGCGGCGACGGUACAACCUGGUGCCGCCGACGCAGAUCACAGGCUACGAGAUGGUCUGCCACCUGGAAGGUACAUGGGCCUACCAGCGCUGGGACGGACAGUUUGUCAUUCGUGAGGCCCCACCGCAGCUGCUGCAAGCGGAUGCGGUGUCCAGGCUGAUCUAUGUCGAUGUGUCCACCAAGGCAGCCCUGGAACGGGUUCGGGUCAUAUUGGAUGCAACCAAAGAUCCGCAAGCAGCUGGCGAUGUUCACCAUCAGUAUGAAGACAAGUACUUGCUGGUGGAGGGCGUGACCAAUGCAGCAGUUGCAUCACAGCUGAACUGCUUCGGCGCCUUGGGCCUGACCUUGCAGCAUGUGCAGAAGCUUCAAGACUGGUCUAAGGACAAAGUCGUCUCCCUCCAAUUCCGCGCCGAGGAGGCAUGCCGCUACCUCCGGGAGGAAACGCGAGAAGAGGAAGAUCCGACAAGGCAUGUCGAAGAGGUUUCAGUCCGCGGCGCUUUGCAGGCUGCAUUCACAAGCAAGGUGGUUACGAAGAUCACAGAGUACUUCUGGAAGUUCGAAGUAAAGUACGAACUGGUGGCGAUCAGAGGAGUUGGUGAAACUGCUGAUGACCGGCUGUGCUUGAUGACGCGUGCAGGACAAGCGGAACUUAUCACAUCGACGAAGCAGUCUCCCCGACCCGAGGUGAAGAAGCCAGCGGCCAACUGGCAGGUGAACGUGAAUUGGCUCUUCCGCAAUCUGAAGAGCGACAAGGCUGUGCCUAAUUUCACCGUCGACCGACUCGCCAAACACUGCAAAACCCCAAGGCGCAACGAAGAUGUUCAGCAGGCAUACAGCCACUGUGAGCGAGUUGCCGUUUUCGCCAAGCAGGUAUCCAGCUAUCUCUCCGGGCUCUUCCACAUACAAGCCGCUGCCAAAAAGGUGCUGGACCUCGCGGCACUCACAGGAGAUGACAGCGUAUUCAGCCCUGUUCUUCCCGUGAUGGUCCAGAGCUCACAGCCGGCGAUCGAAGAUCUCGGUUCUAGUGAAGAGCUCAUCCUUGUAGAGGCAGUCCGUGAGGAGGCCCAAAGCAACGUGCAGCUUACGAUCCAGGACUCCAAUCGACUCCUUCAAGAAGAGGUCCGAACGCUGAAACAGAAGCAGAGCGAUGUUGCAGAGGCCUUCCCCGAAGAGGGAAUUGCGACUAGGGCAGAGGCCUUUGCUGUGGUGACCUUGCUGCAUGUCGCCCGGGUGUGUUCCAGCUGGGCCGAUGCAGUUGGCUACGUGGAGGACAUGCUCCGCAAGCAGUUGGCUGCCGCCAUCGGCAAGGAAGUUUCCCCUGCCGAUUUUGCUGCAUACAUGAGGUUUCAUUAUCGCAAACUCUUCCACGAGUCAUUCCUGCCGAAACCUCUUUGCUUCUCUGUGCGCCGUUCUGACACGCACAGCCCGGAGGGAACGGUGAGUAUCGAGGAAGCAGUGGUUGGACCGGGUGGCGACUCCAAUAUCAAUAUUCCCAUCGUCACCAUGGUGGCCAGCAAUGCAGAGUCAGCUCCUAUGACCUUCCCGCUCAAUGCGUCAACGAACGUGACCUUCGCCGGGGAGAGGCACCUCCACGCAUGGCUCUCGCACCAGUUCUCGGGACAGUCGGGCUGUCAGCUGUCGUUGGUUGCACGUGCACGGCAGUUCAGUUCAAUGUUGGUCCUGAUCGGACGGGUUUCGUCUGCAACCAGCUUCGAUCCGAAGUAUGCUGCAAUCAUCCAGAACAAGGAUGAACUGACCAUACCCUUGAAUCUGUCGACGAUUCCAUCCCCAAAGGAGUUCAAAGAUGCCAUUGAAUCUCUGUCACCAGAGCAGCAAAGCUUUGCAAAAGCCUUCCGUUCGAUGCAGCUGGAGUCGACUUUGUUUGGUGUGCUUGUGGUGCAGAUCAAGCCGCAGCUGGAGCGCGUGCUGAACCUGGCCGACGACAGCCUCACGAAAGAGAUCAAGCUCACACAGGACUUGAUGCAGCUGUGCAUCAAGUAUCAGAUCCCCAGUGACUUGCUCUCGUUCGAUGCUAGCUCGGGCGAGGCAGAGCUCUUGAAUCCCACGGCUGCCGAGAGGCUUGCGCGUGUGAAGGGACAUGUGCAAGCGAUGCAUGAGAUGCUUGCUCAGGCAAAGCAGGAAGAGAUCCAGCAGCGGGAGCAGGAAGCCCUCUACUUUUGCGGGGCCAGGGCUAUGGGCGCAGUGGACGCCACGACAGCAGUCCGGUUCCCCGGCGAAGCUUCAGUGCAGGCCAGCUCGGGCACCCGAGACUACACGCAGGUGCCAGUUGAAAUGGACCAACGAUUUGAGAAGCUCGACACCGAUAAUUCCCUCCGGCCGACCAUUAUCAACCCCGGAGAGAGGUGGACCAAGCAGUCUCAGAAGGCGUUGUUGGCCAGCCCUUCCACAACUCAUUUGUCCAAGGCAGAGCAGAAGACGGAAAGAGACGCUGCCUUCGAUCUGCUGGAUGCUCUUACGAAGUCAGGAGCUUUGCCUUUGACUCAUGCGAGCCUGCACGUAGUCAUUGCAGCCACACAUUGCUUCGACAAGACGGUCACAGAGACCGUCAUCCAGAACAAUGUCAACCCCAUUGCAAAAGUUGAGCGGUCCUCACUCAUCAUGGCCUCCACGGUGCACCAGAAGCCGGUCCAAGAUCUCAUCAAAGAUGAGCAAGUCCAGAGAGUGACGGAUGCCUCCCCACAGCUCUUCUUGGAAGAUGCUAGCUGA